GGUCCAGUAGCGGGGGGGACAGUGAGAGCAGUCCGGAAACAGUGCACUCUGAGCGGACCCACAAACCUCCAGCAGGACGGAGCAGCCUCCAGGUUCCUCCCCGGAGCUCCACUCUCCAGCCCCGCGGAGCUGAGAUGGAUUGACCGGAGCGGGGACACCCUGAAGCCCGCGGCUGCUGCAGCCUCCUCCGGCCACGUGGCCUCAUGGCGUCCCGGCUGCUGGAUCGUCUGAAACGCUCGCUGUUUAAAGACGUCCACUGGGCGGAACAGGAAGCAGCAGACACACAGGAAGUGGAGGCGUUUGAUGAGGACCGGUUGGAGGCGGAGCUGGCGGAGGAGGAGGAGUGUGUGACCGAUCGUCUCGGGGGGACUCUGUCCUUCGACAGCGCCGGCGGAGGAGGAGUGGAGGAGAGUGGCGAUGGCGAGGGGCAUGACAGUGACUCCGACUUCCUGGGAGAGUCGAUGGAGGAGGGGCUCAGCAGCACAGACGCCAGUCCUGUCGGCCCCUCCCCCUCCGCCCUGCUGACACGGCAGCUUCAGGAGAGCUGGAGGAACAUGUGCCGACUCGAUGGAGGAAGUCCCGCCCCCUCGGGAAGACGGCUGACGGACGACUUGUUGUUUGAGGUCACGGACGCCAGUGUGAUGCAGGACGGCUCCUCAAAGUACGUGCUGUACACCAUCCACGUGAUCCAGACCGGGGGCAGCGAUAAGACGCCCGCUGUGAUCACCCGCCGCUACUCCGACUUCCAGCGCCUUCAUGCCACGCUGCGGCGUUUUCACUCAGACCUGAUGGAUCGUGUGUGUUUUCCACGUAAGAAGCUGCGGAGGAACUUCGUGGCGGAGACGAUCGCCAGGCGCAGCCGGGCCUUCGAACAGUAUCUGUCUCACCUGUGUUCCCUGCCCACCCUGCGGGGGGCGCUGUGUGUGAGACAGUUCUUCUACCUGAGCGACCUGCAGACUGGGCAGCUGCUCAUCAGGGAGGGACGGUACCAGGAGGCGCUGGGUCCGCUGCUCAACGCCAAGAGGCUGCAACAGAAACUGGGCUGGGCCAGUGACUACGACCUCCAGGCUCAGGCCCCGCCCCCGGCCCCCUCCCAUUGGCUCUUCACUCUGGUGGGGCUGUCGUGCUGUUUCCAAGAAGUGGACCAGCUGGAGGAGGCGGGGGAUCACUGUGACCACGCCCUCCGUGUCCUGACCCCCGCCGACACUCAAACUGACGAGCCUGACAAGCCCCUCCCACAGACUGCUGCACCCCGCCCACACAUUGACAGGCCACACCCUCUCCUGUUGCCGUUGCUAGGGGCGGUCGUUCGGCUUCUGUGGCAGACGGGGAGGGACAAGCGACAGUGGGAGGAGCUUCUGCAGCAGCUGGAGGAGCAAGGGGCGGGGCUAGACAAUCAGCCAACCAUGAUCGAGUUUCUGGUAAAACACGACCUGCAAGAGAGUGAGGGCGGGGGGGCAUGACGACGCACAUCGCAGUACAAUCACAACAAUACAUCCAAAAAAAUGAUCCCGAAUAAAAUGAGAGAUACAGACGAAAGUUAGAGGAAGAAGAAUCCUACAUGCAAAUUAAAAAUACACAUUUCAAGAAUCUUAUCAAAGCCUAAUAUGAAAAUUAUAAAAAAUCAAAACAAAUUGAAAGAUUUAAGAAAUUUUUCGAUACAACUUCGCAAUUCACAAGAAAAAGUCCAAAUAUUUCAAGAAAAAUUUGGAAAUAAAUGAUAUUUCAACAAGCAAUUAUUUUAUUAUAAAUUAUUAUGAUUAUAAUUUAAAAGUUCAAUGGACAACAGGAACAUUUUAUUUAAAAAAAAAAGUUGUAAUAUGUCGACAAACAAAUGUUGGAAUUGUUUGAUAUUUUAGUAAAAAAGAUCAAUUUAAAAAACAAUUAAAAAUAUUUGAGUUUAAAAUGAAUUCAAAACUGUGACGCCUCAGAUCAGGAGGUGAGAGAAAAGUUGACUUUACUAUAAAACUUAAUAAUGAUAAACACUAAACACCACUUAGUUGUGAUGAGCAACAAAAAUCCUUAAAGGGAAAAACAUUUUCUUCAAAAAGAAAAUGUAGAAACACGUUUUAGUUCAACAUGAGAUGUUGAAACGCUGCUUCUCUGUUUGAGAUGAAACUUUAUUUACAUUCUGAGGACAAAGUGAUUUUGUUAGAGGAAAAGAAGUCCGAGGAUUUCAGACGUGAUGUUUGGUCUUUUUACAACGACACUAAACACUCGUCGGUUUCUCUCUCUUAACAAACACGUUUUCACUUUGAGAGGAAAUUAAAUCGUUUUCACUACGAUGACGUCACUAAAGGGAAAAUGGUUAAAAACAUUUGUUCUGCCCGUUAAUCGUUGACUGAUGUUUAACAGAAUCAACCAAUCAGAACAUCUGUUGUUACGUUGAAAGAACAUUUUAUAUUUUCCUGCAUCUUCUGAAGAAUAUGGCACGAGCUGUGGUUGUAUCAUAACUCUACGAAGUUCUAAAAUACUUCAAUAUGAAACUUUGUUUUUUCACUUACAUGUAAUUUAGACACUUUUGCUGCACUUUGUAUUUUACAUCAUGACUCAGCAUCUUUAGCUGUUUUCACCUGUCGGGCCUCAUGUUAAUGAUUUGAAAAGUGUUUCCUGUUUUUAAAGUUGAACCGUCAGUGAGGCAUUAAAUCAUCGAAUAAUCUUCAUCAGUACGAAGCACUGACUCCUCCUCCUCCUCCUCCUCCUCCUCCUCCCCCUCCUCCUCCUCCUCCCCCUCCUCCUCCUCCUCUCCCUCCUCCUCCUCCUCCUCCUCUUCCUCCUCUUCCUCCUCCUCCUCCUCCUCUCCCUCCUCCUCUUCCUCCUCCUCCCCCUCCUCCCCCUCCUCCUCCUCCUCCUCUCCCUCCUCCUCCUCCUCCUCCUCCCCCUCCUCCUCCUCCUCCUCCUCCUCCUCCUCCUGUUUCCUGAGCUGUGUGUUUAUGUGCAUCCAGUUGCAUUAGGGACCGAAACACGAGGAGACACCGAGGAGGUGAAACUUUUUAAGAUGAACGGAUCACAUGGGGAAUAUGAGUCUGACCAGUACUUUAAAUAUAUCUAAAGUUUAAAGAUGAUGCACAUGUACAGAUUAAUGCACAGAUACUGGUGAUAAACUGAUGAGAGCUGUUUCCAUCACGUCCACAGAUUUAAUAACACGCUGGACUUUUUACUUUUCAGCUCAGACAAUGAAACACGCUGGAAAACUAAAACUUGUUUCUCGGUUUCCAUCUUCACAGACGAUGAGGAAACGGUUUGUUUGAUUUGAUUGAGACUCAGUCGGGUUUUUAAAAUGUAUUUUGGAGAAGCUGUAGAUACAGUAACUCUGAAUUGAGUAGUUCUUUCUGUUUUUAAUUGAACUCAAGGUUUUAGUGAUUUGUUUUUGAAGUGAUUUCACUUCCUCGUGUUUGGAACGCAGCCUCCUCCCUCCUGUGGAAUAUUUCAGAAUGUGGAUUUAUCUUUAAAGAGCCAAGUAUAGUUCCAAGUAUAUUUUAUUGAAUAAAUUUGUUACAAAAUCUCA